AUUCGUACUUGCUUGUAUUUUUUAUUUAUCUGACAGUCGUCCUCAAAUUUAAGCUUGUGUGGAGAAAGAAUUGUAGUGGCAGCCCAAAAAAAAGCUAUGGAUUAUGGCAUUCAUGAUCAUCUGCUGAGCUCAGAGCAAAAUGAGGUUGCUAAUUUGAAGGAAAGAAUUUACGAGGAGUCGAAGAAGAUAUGGUGGAUUGCUCUUCCCGGCAUAAUCGCCAGAGUUUCGUCCUUCGGUGCCUUGAUCGUCACUCAGUCCUUCAUCGGCCACAUAAGCGCCGUUGAUCUUGCUGCUUACGCGCUCGUUCAGACCCUCACAGUUCGUUUCGCCAAUGGAAUUCUGAUUGGCAUGUCGAGUGCAACCGAGACUCUGUGUGGACAAGCAUACGGUGCGAAACAGCAUUAUAUGAUGGGGAUUUAUCUGCAAAGAUCAUGGAUUGUGAACUUGAUAACCUGCACCCUCUUGAUGCCUCUCUUCAUCUUCGGUGGGGCCAUAUUCAGACUGCUAGGCCAAGAGCCGGACAUUGCAUCUGCAUCGGGUUACAUCUCGUUGUGGUUCAUCCCCAUGCUGUACAACUAUGUCUUCGUUCUCACGAUCCAGAUGUAUCUGCAAGCGCAGCAGAAGAACAUCGUGGUGGCUUGGAUAUCCGUGGUGCAGAUCACCGUGCAUGUCCUGCUGUCGUGGCUCUUCGUGAGCCAUUUCAACUGGGGGAUUCCUGGCGCCAUGGCCGCCCUCAACAUAUCGUCUGUUGUGGUCAGCUUCUCUGAGUUAGUGUAUAUCUUAGGAGGCUGGUGUCCUGAGACUUGGACCGGGUUCAGCAGUGCUGCUUUCAAGGAUCUCUUGCCUGUGAUAAAGCUCUCGGUUUCCUCUGGUGUGAUGGUUUGUUUGGAACUGUGGUACAAUUCGAUACUGGUGUUGUUGGCCGGGUACAUGCACAAUGCUGAGGUUGCUAUAUCUGCGUUUUCCAUUUGUCUAAAUGUCAACGGGUGGGAGUUCAUGCUCUGCCUCGGGUUUCUUGGUGCUGCGUGUGUACGGAUUUCGAAUGAGCUGGGACGAGGAGAUGCUAAGGCAACUAAAUUCUCAAUCAAAGUACUUCUAUCCACUUCUGUGGUGAUUGGGGUGCUCUGCAGCAUCACUUGUCUUGCCUUCGGCCACAACCUCGGAUACUUAUUCACCAACGACGUGACAGUAGUGAAAGCCGUCUCAAAUCUGUCUCAUCUGCUUGCCAUUUCUGUGCUGCUCAACAGUAUCUAUCCGGUUCUCUCAGGGGUGUCCGUAGGGGCCGGUCUGCAAGGAACGGUGGCAGUCAUCAAUAUGUGCUCGUACUAUUUUGUCGGAAUUCCAAUUGGUGCUCUACUCGGAUACGUUGCACAUCUAGAAGUUGAGGGUAUAUGGAUUGGAAUGAUCAUCGGAAUCCUAGUUCAGACGUUGUCACUCAGCUAUAUGGCUUUUCAAACAGACUGGGACCUUCAGGUGAGGCUAGCCGCUGAACGGCUGCAACGUUGGUCCCUCAAAUCGUCCGGCACUGCUUGAUGCAGUGGUGGAGAUGUUUUUGUAAUAACCGAUAUCUGUAAAAUAUCGAGGCUGCUUCGAAUUUUGCUUUGUUUCUUCAAUAUACUAUCAAAUGCAUCACCUCU